AUGCACUCUCCAGACACUCUCCCCAUUGAAAUCAUUCUCGAGAUCUCCUCUUAUCUCUCCUUUAGUCAAAAGUCCAAGUUCAGCCGCACCUGUAAGCGCAUCAACGCCCUCAUCGAGCCACAAAUAUGGACCGACAUUGAGCUGCAUGGGGAUGGCUAUCACGAGACCCGCGACCAGAUUAAAGAGCCGCAGCCUUUCAAGUCUCCCUCGGAUCGUGUCUAUAUUGGUAGAUACCGUGGAGGCAACCCUCCAGAACGGCUCUCUCCGCUAAAUAUCUUGCGGCAGCUUCUUGAAGUCGAUCAGGACAGGGUCAGAAAGGUUGCCAGCCGAGUGAGGAGUCUCUGCACCGUCAUCUCUGCCGGCGACAAGGUCUGGGAUAUUUUGCCCUACUUUUCCAACCUCGAGGCCCUGGAGCUGUACGGGCGUUGGGAUAAGAUUGACCAAGUCACCCCUGAAGUCGACCAUCCGCCUCUCGCCAAACUCCGCUUUGCAAAGUUGUUUGGGUAUAUUCCCCGGGCUGGAGCUAGAUGGGUCCUACGCUCCGGCCCAAUGCUGGAGCGCCUUGAGCUCGGGAUGCUGGACCGGCCGCUUAUGACCACAUUGUAUCCUGACCGGGAUCCUGCACCCUUGCCAGAGGAGAAUCUCGCCGGUGACGACGAAUCAUCCGACUACGGGAGUUUGGCUGCGGAACACACUUUUCCUCGUCCUUUGGGUGGAUUUUUGCCUGAGGAGGGCAUAUCAAUGCCGAUCCUACGACACCUUUAUCUGUGUUCGUCUGCUCACGUGGAGGAUGACCCAUGGGAAUCAUGGUCAGCAUGGUCUUCGCGUGCUGAAGAGGCAAGCUGCCAAGACUGGAUGGUCAUCCUCAUGGCCUCACGCCGGACGCUGCAGACACUGGUCCUGGAGCAUAAACCGACCGUCCCGGAUCUUGAGCUGGAGACCUGGGACGAAUCAGAUUGCCUGAGACAUUUUCACAACAGCAACGAUGGCUCUGUAAGCUCUAGGCUGGCUGAAGUGCUGGAAGCCGUAGGGGUGCACAAGGUUGAAGAAUUCCCCAAGCUGACACGUGUAUAUUUUUACGGCAUUAUUGUGAGCAAGAACCUUGACAGCAGCCCUUCAGAGGAACGCCCAGUUGGACGGGUGAUGAAGCAGCUGGGACAGCGCGGUGUCAGGUGUGAGGCUAGACGGGGCCAGUGGUCCAUAUUUGAGGAUGAUGGACGGGUGGAUUGGGCGAGUUGGGAUGCGUGCAGCGAUUCAAGCUCUAUUAGUGACCAUCUGGAUCCCAUUAUACUCUGGGAUGAGGUGAUAGCGAGUGUAUGA